UCCGUCGUGCACCACCCGGUGUACGAUGAGACGCCGGGAUACUGCCAAUGACGGGUGUACCCAUCGGUGAAAGCCGUGACGCAGGUCUCGGCGACUCUGCAAGGCGAUUCAAUUGUGAGGCACGCGAGAAGGAGCGUGCACCACCGACGCCGUGCGUGGAGGACGGUGCAGGAGAGCUGGCGAGGAUGCCAUGGUUUUGGUGUUCGGAGGACGGCGGAACACGGCGGGUUGCUUGUGGUGAUUGGAUGGAAGGUGUGUCUGCAGAGCGAUUGACUUGGAUGGGAGAUGACAUGGGCCGCCGUUGAUGGCU